CAGCCGUUGGCGGCGGGAAGCGGCGCGGCGCGGACGCGGUCUGGCACAGCGCUAUGGGUAAUGCACCGGCGGAAGAUGAAGUAACACUCUUUGAAAGAGAUAUGAAAGAGUUUUGGAUCCAGUUUAAAAUCAGUUAUGGCACUGAACAGAACAACCAGACUUCAGCUCUGAGAGAUUUGUGCAAGGAGACUUUAGAAGCUCUUACAGAGAAAUGGUCCAAGAAGCUGAAAGAAGAGGACGUGAUGAUUGACAAAAUUCACGAGUAUAACAAUGAGAUUCUCCAGCAGAGCAAAUACAUAGCAGAAAAGGAAGAGCAGUUGACAGAAAUAAAAUCAAAGCUAAAUCAAGAACAAGAGCAGCAGAAGAACUUGACUGACAGCAUCCAAGAGCUUAAACAAGAGUUGAUGAAGAAAAUGGAAAUAAAAUCUUCUAAAAAUAAAGCUGCCAAGGAGAAACUGGAACAAGUGAGCAAGAUUAAAACUUUGUUUAAAGAGCAUCUUGCAUUGGAGAUGCGUAGAAUUCCAGAUGAGCAAUUACAGUUUAUAUUCAGACACAUUGACCACAAAGAUCCUGAUAAGCCAUAUGUGUGUACCCUUUCCAUAAAUGAACAAGGUGACUAUGAAGUGAAUUCCUGUACUCCUCCUCUGGACUGUAUUGCAGAGUUACAGCUUAAACUGAGAGAAACUAACAAUUUUUCUGCAUUUGUUGCCAACAUCAGAAAAGCUUUCACUGCUUUAUCAUAUAAACAGCAUGCAUGAAACUGGUUUGUACCUCUCUUUCUGGAUGUAGAGCACUCUUACUCCCUUCCUGUUGGUGAAAUGGUGUAUUUAUCAAUGUUUGACUCCUAAUUUCUAAAUAAAGAUAAUGAAAGCAGUAUUUUAAUCCACUGUUAUCUGGACACAUUUUGAAUCAUUCUUUGAACAUUGGUAUCACCAACUACUGCCUUAACUGAAUGUCUCUGGACAUGUAAAUUUUGAUCCAUUACGUGCAUUAAUGAUGCAAUGGUUUGUAUUUAGCUGCCCCAGGGAGAUACACAAACUACAGAAGCUACUUUAUUUUGAUUAUCUUUUCCAAAAGCAUUGAUGUGUCUUUAAAGUUUUUCCAUAUUUGAAGUAGGCCUGAAACGUAUUAAAAAAAGUGUGCUGAAGCUUAGCA